GGAUAUUUAAGGAGACAUGAGGUUUACAGAGAACAGACAAACAAUAUGGCGCACCGAGUACAGACAAACAACACAACACUCCGUGAUGGAGCACGCCCAGAGCUCAACAAAUUGGACUCGGACACCUUCCGUCCGGACACAGACGGAGAGAAGGUUCACAGAUGAGGUGGCAUUCGUCAUGGAUGUGCUUCUGCCAGAGGCGACAGUCUACGCCCUUGCAGCUGUACUCUCGGUUUCCCUUGAAAGAGCCAAGGAAACUUAUAAAUGUGGACCCGAGUAUGACUGGAGGUAAGCUGGAAACAUGAGGAGAAUGCUAAUACAAUUUCCAUUUAAAGUGUACAACCCCUGAUGCAUGUGAAUUUAUAAUAUUACAUAUAUGACUUCUUUAUACCAUCUUGUCUUAUCAGUGAGAUGGAACUUUG